ACAAGGUUACCCCUAAAUCACACGAAGCCGAUCCAAACAGCGGAGCACCCGAUCCCGUCGUCCUGACCCACGCUGCGCGAGCUCCCGCGCGAUGGGCAGCAGUGCCAAGCGGCAGCUACCUCCGAGGGGGAAGAAGAGGGGCCGCCCCUCCCUCGUUGACAUCCAGAAGCGCAGCCUCCGCCUCCAGGCCGCGGCCUCCUCCGCAUCCAGAAACCCUAGCCGCGGCAGCACCGCCAACCCUUACCUCCGCUUCCCUAAAAAGUCCGGCACCAGCUCCUCGUCGUUGCGCCGCUCUUUCCGCCGCAGCCGCACACCUGCCUCGGCCUCCCCCUCCGAGGACGAGGAGGGCCGUGGAUCUGGUCGCCGCCGUCCCGGACGCGAGAAGGAAGUCAAUCUCAUCCUCGAAGCGGACGAGGAGGAUGUGGCGAGCCACCGCAAGAGAAGGGCAGUUGCCGAUGCUGAUCACGACAAGGCUGGGAGCAGCAGCAUCAAUAAUUCUGCAAAAGCGACCGACUCCUCGCAAGAGCAAGUGUCUGAUACUGGCCCCAUGACGCCACUGCCGGACCAAAAGCUGCUUGUGUUUAUCCUUGAUGGGCUCCAGAAGAAAGACACCCAUGGGGUGUUCUCGGAGCCUGUGGAUUCUGAGGAGCUUCCAGAUUAUCACGACAUCGUCGAUCACCCAAUGGACUUCCAGACGGUACGGGAGAAGCUAUCAAGCGGGAAGUACUCAAGCCUGGAGCAGUUUCAGGAAGAUGUGUUCUUAAUUAGCUCAAAUGCCAUGUGCUACAAUGAACUAGAUACUGUUUACUUCCGCCAGGCUAAAGCGAUUCAUGAUCUUGCAAAAAGAAACUUUGAGAGCUUGAGAAAAGAAAGAGAUGGCCACGAAGCAGAGCAAAAACCAGUGGUUAGACGAGGUAGACCGCCAAAUAAAUUUAAAAAGGCAGUCAAAGCACUUGGCGAUGCUAAUGAGCAGAAUGUUCAGACAGUUAGCUGGCUCGGUAAACAAAAGUUGGAUAUGAAUGAGGACUACUCAGAGUCUUCGUUACUAAAAGGGUUUACAAAAUAUGGCAAAACCUCUCUAGUUAUAGACGAGAGUCGUCGCAGCACAUAUAAGCCGUUUGGGUGGUCAACAAAUGCACAUGAGCAUCCUGUUCAUGCUAUCUUCGGUGACUCUAGGAAGUUCCUUGUUCCAGUCGGCAUAAACAUGGAGCAUGCUUGUGCAAGGAGCAUUGCACGAUUUGCUGCAGAUUUUGGCUCCAUUGGCUGGGCUGUGGCUGCAAAAAGGCUAGAGUGGAUGUUGCCACUCGGCACUAAGUUUGGUCCUGCAUGGGUUAGGGAGGAUGAAUCCCUACCAAAGACUCCACUCUGUUCAGCUUCUCCUGACCCAUUACCCGAGCUUAAUUCUCUGUCAUCUAUCAUUUCAAAGUCUGAUAAUGACAAACUUGUCCAAACAACGGACGUGUCCGCUAACGAAAAUGAGAUUCAAAGUUACUCCAGCAGAACUCCUCAAUCUGUGCUGUCCCCAUCAGCAGAUAUCUCAACGGAAGCAAGGAAUUCUUCCAGUCACUAGUAGUGGCUUUAACACUGUCACUGAUUUUAAUAUGAGUCAAUCUUGUGAAUAUGAACAAGUGCCAUGCUGAAGCAGUUGGAAACUACAUCUUUGCUCGUCAGAAAACAUGGUCUAGCUGGCUGAAGAAAACACAUGGUUGGUGGAGGUAAGUGAGCUGUCUACUAGAGUGGGAUAAAUGCUGAACUCCCGGCUAGCGGGGGAUUCACAGCAGGAGAAGAGCAGAAUCUUGGCAUUUGAUCCUACAACAACAGAAACAUUGGUUGGCCCUGCAGCUAGGGCCAUCGUGAUUUCAUUUUUCUAGAUACGGUUCAUUUUAGAGGGGUAUCAGAUAAGGGGAUGUAAUUGACAGGAUUUCUGAUAGAGGAUGGUGCCAAGAGCACUAGCCAAACUGAACGGUUCGUUCUCUCCCUGCUGUUUAUCGGCACUAGAUGCGUGUCAGUACUUAGUAGGGCAGGAAUAGAUGUGAGGAUUAAUUGAUCAUAUUGUUUGGAAUUAACUUCCAGAUUAAAUGUGAGCCCCCAUUUAUAUGGGCUCCAUCUGUUGUACAAUACUACUCCUUCUGAUUCUAAA